AUGAUCGGAACUUUCUUCAAUCGUUUCUCUAAAAAUUUGCACUCUAUUAGCAAAUACAAUUUUACAAGCAACCCUGAAGCCAAAUACAAGAUUGUCCUUUUGAGACACGGUGAAUCUGUUUGGAAUAAGGAAAAUCGUUUCACCGGCUGGAAGGAUGUCCAACUCUCUCCUAAAGGUAUUGAAGAAGCCAGAUCUGCUGGUAAGACCUUAAAGCAAAACGGUUACGAAUUCGAUGUUGUUUACACCUCUGUUUUGACCAGAGCUAUCAUGACUUAUAAUAACUUAGCUGAUGAAUUAGGUUGCCACCAUUUACCAGUUAUUAAACACUGGAGACUCAAUGAAAGACAUUAUGGUGCUCUCUAAGGUUUAAAUAAGACUGAAACUGCUGAAAAGCACGGUGAAGAACAAGUUAAAAUAUGGAGAAGAUCUUACUCAACUCCUCCUCCUGCCCUUGAACUCGAUGAUGAAAGAUUCCCUGGACACGAUAAGAGAUACAAGCACCUCCCCAUUCAAGCUUUACCUAGAACUGAAGCUUUAUCUGACUGUGUUGCAAGAGUUAUUCCUUUCUGGUAUGAUUAAAUUGUUCCUUCUGUCUUAGCCGGUAAAAACGUUUUAGUUGUUGCCCACGGUAACUCUCUCAGAUCUAUCGUUAAGCAUGUUGAUAAUGUUUCUGAAUAAGAUAUUAUUGGUAUUAACAUCCCUACCAGUGUUCCUUUAAUUUAUGAAUUCGAUGCUAACUUCAAGCCUAUCAGAAACUACUACUUAGCUGAUCCUGAAGAAUUAAAGAAGAAAUAAGAAGCUGUUUAGAACUAGGGUAAGAAGAAAUGA